AUGUCUCCUUCCACCUCUCCUCCUUUUUUCACUCCGAAAAAUAAACGACGAUUGAAACUGUUACUCGUCGUAAAACUUCUGAUUGUGAUUCUUUAUUUCGUUCUCCGUUCCGUCUACUCCGACGGCGACCACGAGAAAGAAAUCGAAAAGAUGGAACAGAUGCUGAGGGAAAACACGAACGAAGAAAACGAGUGGAAGGAAGAUUUGAAAGAAGUGAUGGAGCACAUGGAAGAAGAAGGAGGAGAAGAAGACGAAAGUAAAGCAUCAUCAUCAUCCGCGACGACGACGUAUGCGAGAGGGAGAAACGAAGAUGAAAAACCGGUUGAAAUGAAUAAGUGCUUUCCGGUGUUGCAACACAACCGAGACGCGAGCUGGGGACGGUACGCAGAUUUCGACUUUGACAGGAGCAACAACGAUGAAGAGGACGACCAAAAAGAAAAAGAAAAUAAAGAGGUGCAGUUGUUUCGAAAGGUUUUGGAGAAAGUGAGCGGGAAAGAACCGGAGGAGUGCGUGGACACGUCCGCGUAUCAACGAGAAAACACGGGUUUUCUGAAAGGGUCGUGCGCGUUGGUUUUUCCAACCGGGCACUUAUCCGUCGGUGGCGCUGGGAUGCAAAUAGAAGCGCACGAUUGGGUUAUUCGAUUGAAUGGGCACAACGCGCCGAAAAAGUUUAGUCGAGACGCGAAAGAUAUGGGAUCGAGAACGGACGUGAGAGCCAUCACCGCGGCUUUGGUGAACAUCGGGUUAGAUCAUUCGAUUUCGUACGCGAAGAAUCAGGAAAACUGGUUGAUGUUUUCCACGUGUUCGCACAGAAGUCCUCAGCCGUGGUGCGUGAAGUUGAACCAAAAGUUGAAACAUAAACCGGUGAAAUCGUUGAGAUUUAUUAAAGGCGAAUCGCACCGCGGCGUCGUGUGUUUAAAGAAACUCACAAAAGAAACGCACGGAGCGAAACACAAGUACGAUAAAACGCCGACGACGGGCUUUUCUACUCUGUUGUAUUUAACUCGACAGUGCGAUUGCGUGACUGUGUUUGGUUUAUGCAACACGACCAAUUGCGGUCACGCGUUGGCAUGGUCCGGUCAUUCCGACCGAAGCGGGUGGAAAGAUCCGGUGCAUAACUUCAACAUCGAACACAUCGCCGCCGCCGUCAUCGCCAAAAAACUUCCGAAUAAAGUCCAGCUCUGGGUCUCGCAUAAAGGCAUGCGAAAAGAACCGCACAAGGCGUUUUCUGCGAUCGCUGAGAAAGUCAAAGGUGUGUUUAGUGGCGUCCGAGAGGAUGACUUUAGUUGA